AUGGCGACAAACGACGAUACCGCCGCUGCCCAGCACGUCCCCAAGGAGUUCCCGCCGAUCCCGUCGCUGGAGUCGCUGCACAAGCGCCUGCAGUCCCUCAGCAUCUCCGAGGAGAUUCCCGUCUUUCCCGAAUCCAACCCUACCACGAAUCCCGUCGAUAUCUACAGGUGCAUCAUUGCCCACCACCUGGCCCCGAUCACCGGUGUCGAUAUCAACCUGGUCUAUCCCGCUCUCGAGUGGACACAGACUUUGGACAAGGGCGAUCUCAUUGUUGCUGCGCCCCGACUGAGGAUCAAGGGCCGCAAGCCGGAUGAGUUGGCGAAGGAAUGGGCCGAGAAGUUCCCAGAAAGCCCCUACCUUGAGCGCCCGAAGGCCGAUGGAACGUUCUUGCGCUUCUACUUCAAGAACAGUGUUCUCAACAACGUUGUCCUCUCAUCGAUCCUAAACAGGAAAGAGAACUACGGACCCAUCAACAGCGGAAAGGGAAAGCGGGUCAUUGUCGAGUUCUCGAGCCCCAACAUUGCGAAGCCCUUCCACGCUGGUCAUCUGAGGAGUACCAUCAUCGGAGGAUUCUUGGCCAACUUGCACGAGAUCUGUGGUUGGGAUGUCAUCCGCAUGAACUACCUCGGAGAUUGGGGAAAGCAGUUUGGUAUCCUCAGUGUCGGUUUCAAGCGGUUCGGUGACGAGCAGAAGCUCGUCGAGGACCCUAUCCACCACCUGUACGAUGUCUAUGUCGCGAUCAACAAAGUGAUCGAAGCGGAGAAGGAGGUCGAGAAGGCGAAAGCAGAGGCCGCUGGCGUGAAACAGACGUACAACGGACCUACCGACGACGAGGCACGAGCAUUCUUUGCAAGUAUGGAGGCUGGAGACGAGGCGGCCGUCGCCUUGUGGGGGCGGUUCCGUGACCUCAGUAUUGAGAAGUACAAGGACACCUACGCCCGUCUAAACAUCAAGUACGAUGUCUACUCCGGUGAAUCCCAGGUCUCGAAGGAGGCCAUGGACACUGUCAGCAAGUUGAUGAAGGAGAAGAAGGUGUCGGAGGAGUCCGAUGGUGCUCUGAUCGUCGACUUCCUCAAGCACGGCGCGAAAAAGCUGGGCAAGGCCAUCGUGCAGAAGAAGGACGGUACUUCGCUCUACCUCACCCGUGAUAUCGGCGCAGCUAUGGAGCGCUACGAGAAGUACAAGUUCGACAAGAUGAUCUAUGUUGUUGCCACACAGCAGGAUCUCCACCUGCAGCAGCUCUUCAAGAUCCUUGACCUCCUCGGCUUCGAGUGGGCUAAGAAGUGCCAGCACAUCAACUUCGGAAUGGUGCUGGGCAUGAGCACUCGUAAGGGAACUGUUGUGUUCUUGGACGAUAUCCUGCAGGAGGCCAAGGAGAGGAUGCACGAUGUCAUGCGCAAGAACGAGGACAAAUACUCGCAGGUCGAGGACCCCGAGUACAUUGCUAGCACCGUCGGCCGAACUGGUGUCAUGAUCCAGGACAUGUCUGGCAAACGGAUCAACAACUACACAUUCGACAUGGACCGCAUGACCUCAUUUGAGGGCGACACGGGCCCGUACCUUCAAUACGCACACACCCGUCUCUGCAGCAUCACGCGCAAAGCCAAUGUGCCGAUCGAAAAGAUUGAGAAGGCGGACCUGUCACUACUGACAGAGCCGCACGCCACCAACCUCGUCCGCUGCCUGGCGCAGUAUCCCGAUGUGUUGCAGCAGACACUCAAGACCCUCGAGCCGACAACUGUGGUCACCUACCUGUUCAAGAUGACGCAUCUGUUGAGCAGCAGCUACUCGGUGUUGCACGUUAUCAGUAGUGAGGACGAUGUCAAGUUCGCUAGGCUCGCGCUGUACGAGAGUGCUCGCAUCGUACUGCACAACGGUAUGACGCUACUAGGACUCGUCCCUGUGGACAGGAUGUAA